ACUGUCUUUUGCUUUUGUUGUUGUUAUGGAAACGAGCAUGUUUGUUUGAUAAUAAUUCUAGAAUUCUUUGUUUUAUCAAUAGUACAGAAUUAGGGUCUCCUAUGAAUGCAUAGUAAAAGUGUUGAAGAUGGCAGAAAUUAAACCAAAGCUUCAGGAAAAUCCUCGAGCCACUCUCGAGCAAUAUAUCACGGCUUUACAGAGCGAAUCCAAGAUGAUUAGAAAACAGGCAUUGGUGAACAUCAACGCAGAGAUAUUUGAGAGUUCCGUGAACAUAAAUUGCGACUUGACUGUGGUGUUUCCAGAAGUGUACGCUUAUAUCCUUAAAAGCUUUUCCGAUCCCUCGGAAGCAUGUCGUGAAACCGCGGCCACUAUUAUAGAGAACUUCAUAGAAAAACUGCCUUUGAACGAUUAUUAUUUAACAUACAUAUUGCCAGUGAUAGUGCGCCGUGUAGGCUGCCCAGAAAUAGUUGAAGAGUCUGAGGAGAUUCGCUUAGUUUUGAUACAACUAGUCCGCAAGAUAUUAGAGAAAUACAGAAUGACGCAUCUUCUAGCUCCCUUUAUUAAUGAUUUCACAAGUAUUCUGACUAAAACUAGCACAGAUCCUUAUCCUAAAGUGAAGCUGGAGGCUUGCGAAUGUAUUAUUUUACUUUCAAAGUUCCUGGAAAGAGAUUUUCACUUCCAGUGUGAAAGUUAUGUCAAACCCGUUUUGUCCAACUAUUCCCACCAGCAUUUUAGAGUGAGAGUCGCAGCUAUUAAAGCCAUUGGAGCAAUAGUAAUGGCUGGUAAUGCUAAAUGUUUUGAGCUGUCCAUCACACCGAUGGCUGAGAAGCUGUUUGACGAGAAUUCUCAAGUCCGGCUGCAGGUUACUCAGGAAAUUGGCAACUGGAUGCUCAACUAUAGAGACAGAUAUUCUUUCUGGCAUCGUAUGAUACCUCUUGUCCUGACCAGCAUGAGUGAUGUAAUGGCUGACAUACGGGAGACUGCCGCCAAACUUUGGAUAGACAUAGGUCUUCAGUACAUGGAAGAAAACGAGGAGGAUCUGAAGAAGAAGACCGACUUCCUCAAAGAUGUGCCUACCCACUAUCCUGACAUUAAGAGACCAAACCUUGGCUGUAGAGUUCUGGUGCAGAGCAAUAUUGGGAAGAUUGUACCGGCAAUUUACAAAGAAAUGGAAGGCUGGCAGGCUGACGCGCGGUUGCGCUGCUCCCAGCUGCUGUGUUGGUUGUUGUUGUGUGCUGAAGAGGGUUCCACUCAGCACGCCAACACUAUUGUGAGGACCAUGGCCCGCGGCGCCGCUGAUGAGGACUCUAGGAUCGUUGUUGAGAUAAAACGUGCAGCAGAACUAUUUGGUUACUUCAUCAGCCCCGACACCUGGUGGCCGCUGCUGGAAGCCGACGUGGACUCUUGGGCAGUGCUGUCAGUGCUCGCUAACAUCCUGAAGGGCUCGCAGGUGCACCAGGUCAAGGAGAAGGUCAUGGGAGAACUGUGCAAGGAGCUGGCCGAUCCUGACAGGUGUCGGACUAGGAAGGCGAAGUACCAAACAAACAUGAUGCAUGUGAUGGAAGCCCUGAUGAUUCUGUGCGGUGAGGAAUGCGCGCCGAUCGCUGAUGAAAUCUUCACCAUCGUCUUCACUGUCUAUGCUAUGCCGAUAGACGAACAGAUACAGUUUAUGGCUUAUUCGAACCUGGAUAGACUGCGUUUCAUAAAAAAGGACGGUCGCUCUAUAACAUCUCUAUACGAGAGACACAUCAGCCUCGUGUUGGAGAACAUCACGAGCGACCCGCUCACCUGGACGCUCAUGUCGCCUGACCGGUGCCUUUUGGAAUGCGUUCUGUUGCGGUGUGGAUCAGCAAUAGGCAACCACUUGCACCUCAUAGCGCCUCUCCUGACCCAAUGCCUGGCGACCCCGAAGGUGGACCCGGAGGUCAAGCUGAAGAUCUUCACGAGUCUCUCCAUGGCUCUUUUGAGGCGCGAGGACAACUUUAGGAAGUGCGACCGUGACGCCUUGGAGGCUUUCCUGAAGGCUGUUAUCAAAGAUGUGAUAAUGCCAAACCUAGUGUGGACCCCGGGGCGCACGGCCGAGGCCAUCCGCACCGCGGCCGUGGCGUGCCUGUGCUCAGCUCUGCAGGAGAAGCCGCAGGAUCAGAUCUCCACGGAGAAGGGAGAUGGAGACAAUAACGGUAGCCCCGGACAGGACACUGAGAAAGUAGACCUGUUCCCAACGAAGGAAUCCUUGGAGCCGUUGCUUGAAGAGAUUGUGCCUCUGCUGGCGGGUCUCAUAGACGACAACUCGGCCUUGACCCGCCAGCACACGCUGCGGGCCAUCAGCUGUCUCGCGCCGUUGGCUAAACAACGCGAUUGCUUCACCAGCGAUGUACUGCACAAGCUGUAUUUUGUAGUCCUCAAACGCUUGGAUGACAGCAACGACACAGUCCGCUCGUACGCGGCGCACACGACGCGCAAGCUGUUCGCCAGCCGGCCGCUGCCGUACGACACGGUGCUGUUCGGCGCGCACGUCGACGCGCUCUACAGCGCCUUGUUGAUACACCUCGACGACGCUGAGGAGGCGUUCCGGGCUGAGAUAUUGGAUACAUUGAUGGCGUUAAGUGAAAUAGACCCGAAGACACUUAUGGCGAAGGUGAAGGCUAACAUCCAUCUUUACAGAAACAAGGCAGCCUACGAAAGGCUGACCAGGCAUCUUGAAAAAGUUAUAUAAUUCUGUACUAUGUUCUUUCAGUUCUAGUCGAGUUAUUUAAGAUUUAUUUAGUUCGAAAUAGGAACUUUUUAUUUUAAUUUAAUGCAUUGACGAUUACGUGGGGCGUAUGAAAUAAAUUGUGUUCAAAAUACAUUA